AUCAAUAACUCGUGCUUAUUAUCGCAAUUCUGUGGGUGGCUUACUAGUGUUUGACAUCACAAAUCGACGAUCUUUUGAACAUGUGAAAGACUGGCUAGAAGAAGCAAAAAUGCAUGUGCAGCCCUUUCAGAUUGUGUUCCUGUUAGUAGGACAUAAAUGUGACCUAGUGUCACAGCGUGAGGUUACAAGAGAAGAAGCUGAAAAACUGUCAUCUGACUGUGGUAUGAAAUACAUAGAAACUUCAGCAAAAGAUGCCACGAAUGUUGAAGAGUCCUUUACAAUCCUUACACGAGACAUCUAUGAACUUGUAAAAAAAGGAGAAAUCUCAAUACAAGAUGGAUGGGAAGGUGUCAAGAGUGGCUUUGUUCCAAAUGUUGUACAUUCAUCAGAGGAAGCUGUAAAGCCCAGAAGACAGUGCAUCUGCUGAAUUUGUAGCAUGCCAAAGAGCACAUCAGGUGUUCAGAAGAUGAUGCCAACCUAAAUAACAGAAUAAUAAUUUUGAAACAAUAUUAGGUCAUGACACAGCUGAAUCAUAGAAGAGUAAUUUGGUUUUUUAUCCUUCUGUCUAGGUCAUAACUUCAUAAAACUUUAAGUGCUUUUUUUCUUUUACAGAGUACAAUAACAUUGUGUGGUCUUCAGGAAAAGAAACUAUAUAUUGCUAAAGGAAAAACUAAUCCUAUAGCAAGACACUGAGAAAGCGCAAUAAUCAUCAUGACAACAUCCUCUCUUGGGCUUUGUAUUUUGAAUACUGUUUAAAAUCAGGGGUUGCUAGGUGAGGAUCAGAUGAGCUCAUUACUUUUGUUCAUCCUGCCUUAGAUUUGGACAAGAAAAUAUUAUAUCUUAUACUUUUUUAAUGUGAUUCUUUACUCAAGUGCAGGGUUGCUAGUGACCAUUAAAGUUUAGAAUGCUGUAGAAUUUAAUAAUAAUUAUAACUCUAAAGAAAGCAA